AUGAGAAAUGGUAAAACAGUUGCAGCCAGUAUGAAGCAGACAAUUGCAAUUGUGACAAGAAAGUUCUUUUCAUUUUCCAGGCGGAUUUUAGCUGUCCUGAUAGUUACUUCACUCAUACUGGUUCUAUUUGGAGUUCCAUUCUUUGUCUUCUUAUUGAAAUAUAUGAUGCAAUGUAAACAGACAGUGUUAGCAUCAGCAGUAUCUUUGUGCAGAGAGGUAUGACAUUUGUUAGAAACUAAAACUAACUUCUUGGUGGAUAAGUUGUAUUCUUCUUUCUUCAACAGGAGGCUUCAGUGCUUUCCUCUCUGAAAGCUGAGCUGGACCAAAGAGGCAUUCCCUUGAUUGGUGUGGUUCAUGAGACGAUAGGCGUGGAAGAAUUUAAACCAUUUUUUAAAGGAGACAUUUACCUCGAUGAUCAGGUUGGCCUUGCCUUUCAUUCUCAUAAUAAUUCUUUGUUAGCAAAAGUGUACUGGUAUACUGUAGGAAUGUUCGGUAUGAGAAUUUUCUGGUAUCAACAUACCCGAAAAUUAUACCGAUAUUAUCAGUAUACUGGUUUUUUGUGGAAAUUUGAAGGAAAUUUUGAUAUCUUUGAAGCUGUUUUAAAGGAUAUCAGUAUAUUCCAACAUAUCGGAAUUUUUGUUAUAUCAGUAUGACUUAAAAAACCAGUAAACUGAUAUUAAUUUCGAUACCGGUAUUUUCGGUAUACGGAACAUUCCUAGUAUAGUACCUAUGAAAAUACUUCCAGCCCCUAUUUUGCCUUGGCAUUUUUCCUUGCCUUUUUCCUGGCGAGUGUUUGUUGCUGUCAAGUACAGUGGUACUAAAUCAUUUUUUUGUCAGAGAAAGUUCUAUGGUCACACCUUGUGUUAACUCAUUGAGCUGCAAUGUACUCGAACUUUGAUUAAAGUCAUCGAAGUGUCAGUCUUGCACAUCAAUGGGUAAAUAUGUAAAAUUCUCAUUGAAGGUUUCUUGCGAGUCCAAACUUGGAUAAACCUUUAUCACACGCAGAGUGGUGGUUUCCAUGGCAACAUGGAUGGUGAAGGUCGUCUGAUGGGCGGACUUUUUGUAGUUGGGGCUGCUGACCAGGGUGUACUGCUUGAGUAUCGGGAAAAGGUUUGGGGUGACCAUGCUGACAUUGAAGUUGUAAGGGCCGCUGUUGAAAACAUCAAAAUUAGUCACAAUGUUUCUGAUUAA